CCUCGUUCUUUAGAGUCGCCAACUGCAGUCACGUGCUAUGUCUCCCAUCUAUAGCUCCGCUAACGGGCUAGCGGAUGCUAAUUGGAACUCAGCUAAAGUUGUAAAUAUUCAGCAUUGUCCCAAUAUUUAAGCAAUACCACGCGCUCGGAGACGCUAUUGUUUCAUAUGAAAAGGUGCACAGACGGGAACCUGUCGCAGGUGCGGCACGUGGUGCUGGUUCUGUCGGGGAAGGGAGGCGUGGGCAAGAGCACCGUCACCACGGGGCUGGCGCUGGCGUUCAGGCACGCCGGCAAGAAGGUCGGCAUCCUGGACGCUGACCUCUGUGGGCCCAGUAUCCCCUGCAUGCUCGGUGUGGGCCGGCCCGACGUGCACCAGUGUGACUCGGGAUGGGUGCCGGUCUACACCGACGCCCAGAAGAGCCUCGCCCUCAUGUCCAUCGGCUUCCUGCUGGAGGACCCGGAUGAAGCCGUGGUCUGGAGGGGGCCCAAGAAAACAGCGAUGAUCGCCCAGUUUGUGUGCGAUGUGGCGUGGGGCGAGCUGGAUGUGCUGCUGGUGGACACGCCGCCAGGGACAUCAGACGAACAUCUGGCGGUGCUGGAGAACCUUAAGAAGCACCGAGUGGACGGAGCGGUCCUGGUCACCACACCUCAGGCGGUUUCCACGGGGGACGUGAGGAGAGAGAUCACCUUCUGUAAGAAGACGGGCGUUCGGAUCCUGGGCAUCAUCGAGAACAUGAGUGGAUUUGUUUGCCCACACUGCUCAGAGUGCAGCAAUAUAUUCUCAAAAGGUGGAGGCGAAGAGUUGGCCAAGUUGACUGGAUCGACGUUCCUCGGUGCCGUGCCCCUGGACCCUCUCCUCAGCACCAGCAUCGAGGAGGGUCGAGACGUCCUCCAGUCGUUUCCCCAGAGCGCCGCGUUCAGCGCCAUCAGCAACAUCUCCCAGACGCUGCUCCGCAGCCUCCAGGCGGCGUGAGCUGGACACGUGUGAAGUCUGCAGUUUGUUUACAUGUUUUCUGUAUAAUUACACAAUAUAAAUCUAUUUACCGAUUGUUUUGUACCUUUAAAUAAAAUCGUCGUCUGCCACGAG